CUGAUCAUUCAUUCAUUCACUCACUUGUCAAAUAUUUAUUUGAGGGUUCCUUUGGAGAAUAUCGAUUUUUUUGAGAAAAUUUCUAGAUUAUUUGCAAUUAGUUUUUCAUAUUACAGUGAAAUUAUAAACGUAUAAUGGGCAAAAAGGGUGUUGUUGCUUUCAUUAAGGACUUUUACUACGAUCCCUUCAAAUGGUCAGUCGUGAAAAGCGUGGGAUUCUUCACAGUCGGAGUUGUGAUCGCUAGCGAGUGCACAGGCCUGGAAUUAAUGCCCGCAGUACCUCAAUAAAUACGUUAAAACUUACUUUAAGCUAAACAAGAUGUUAAAUUAUUUACUAUUAGUUCUUUACGCGGGCGUUGUGCUUAGUGAUGUGGAGAAACAACCAAAUUUUGUUGUUAUUCUCACCGACGACCAAGAUGUCGUUUUGGGUGGUAUGACCCCAAUGAAGAAUGUGCACCAGUUUAUUGCGAAAGAAGGAGUAACAUUUACAAAUUCUUACGUAACGUCUCCCAUAUGCUGCCCGAGCCGUGCCAGUCUCCUCACUGGUCUCUACAUCCACAACCACCACACCCAUAACAACAGCCUCCACGGUAACUGCUACGGACAGGAAUGGAGGGAGAAUGAGCACAGAGUGUUUGCUAAUGCUCUCCAGGACUCAGGGUAUAAUACUUUCUAUGCGGGCAAAUAUAUGAAUCAGUACGGCGUAAAAGAGGCCGGCGGUCCAGAGGUGGUGCCUCGUGGAUGGAGCGAAUGGCACGGUCUGGUCGGCAACUCAGUCUACUAUAACUAUACGAUGUCCAACAACGGUGUGCCGACGCAUUCGACUGACCUGUACCUCACUGAUGUUAUCCGUGACCUCAGCAUCAGCUACAUAGAGAACCAGACAGAGUCGCGACCCUUCCUAAUGGUACUGGCGCCGCCCGCGCCGCAUCAACCGUUCACACCCGCGCGGCGACAUGAAGGCGCCUAUAGUAACGUCACCGCCGUCAGGCAUCCCAACUUUAACAUCGCUGUUCAUGACAAGCACUGGCUCCUCCGAAUGCCUCCAUCGCCGCUCCCAGAAUCCAUGAUGCCGGAACUAGACCGAGUGUACCGUUCCCGCUGGGAGGCGCUGCUGGCUGUCGACGAAAUGGUGGCUGACGUCAUCGGCGCUCUAGAGGUCAACGCCCUAUUGGACAACACCUACGUCAUAUACACGUCUGACAACGGGUACCAUAUCGGUCAAUUCUCCCAAGUAUACGACAAGCGGCAGCCUUACGAAGCGGACAUAAAGGUGCCCCUCGUCAUCCGAGGUCCUGGCCUGAAGAAAAACGCUCAAAAUCCUCAACCAGUCUUAAACAUUGACAUAGCACCGACUAUACUACAUCUAGCCGGUGUAAAGACACCCGAAAUGGACGGCAGACCAGUGAAAAUGGAAAAGGAAGAAGUGGAUGAACGGUAUAUGCUGGUGGAAUAUUACGGGGAAGGCAGAGAUGGUUCUGUGGACCCGAAUUGCCCGUGGAAGUAUGACAGCGAUAACCUGGCGCAAUGUUAUCCAGAAUACGAUUGCAAGUGUCAAGACGCGAAGAACAACACGUUCGCGUGUCUCCGACACAUUGCCAAGCGACUCAACAUGAAGUACUGCAUAUUUGCUGACAACGAGAAAUUCGCUGAGCUAUACGACCUAGCAGCCGAUCCUUACGAGCUGGAGAACUCCGUAGACGACGAGUUUCAGGCCAUUAUAGUGUGGUACAACAACUAUUUAAGCCAAAUGUUGAAGUGUAAAGGGGCUAAGAACUGCGACGAUCCCUUGGGAGAGUCCGUUCAAUAGUUAGGGCACUACUACACUAAGUAGACUAUGCGGGAACGAAGCGCGAGCCUGCACACCGAAGUAUGGGCGACCCACGGCGAAUCUAACCGAAGUGCGUGUUUACACUAUAAUAAGUCUCGAUCAAUUUCC